AUGGCGUGGAGCAGCCUCCUCCACCAAUCAGAUCGCCGAGCGCCUCAGCGGGGCAGGCGGGACUGCCCGCGGGCGGCCAAUAGGAGCGGCGGCGCGGGGGGCGGGCGGCCAAUGGGGAUGGCGGAGCGGGCGGCGGGAGCGGGCGGGCGGCGGCGGCGGCGCCGGGCCGAGCCCGGUACCGGCGGCGGCCCGGGCCGGUCCCGCGCCCGCAGCGCUGCGGUACGGCCGGGACGGGGCUCUCGGGGCUGGCGAUCCCGCGCCGUGGAACCCCCGGUGACGCUCCCGGUGCUGCAGGCGCGGCGGCGGCGGAGGAGGCGGCGGCAGCCCAUGCGGCCGCGGGCGGCGGGGACGGCGGUGACGGCGCGGGAGCUCUGCGAGAACGACGACCUGGCCACGAGCCUCGUGCUGGACUCGGUGCUCGGCUUCCGCACGCACAAGAUGGGGGUCAGCCCCCUGCCCGCCCUGAGACGCCGGGCCCAGCUGAGAGCGGCCAUCGAGGCCUUCCGGCAGCGCCGGGACCUGGAGGCGGCCUGGAGGACGCUGAGCGGGGCUUGGGCCCCGGCUUUUUUCCGCCAGAGGCGCCCGGUGCAGCGGGCAGCGCUCAAGAGCCACCGGGCCCUGCUGAGGGCGGGGGACAACGAUUUCAGCCUCAUGUACUCCACACGCCGCAGGAGCACCCAGCUCUGGCUGGGCCCCGCCGCCUUCAUCAACCACGAUUGCCAUCCGAACUGCAGGUUCGUGUCGGCCCCGGGCGGGGCUCGGGUGCAGGCGCUGCGGGACAUCCCCCCCCGGGCAGAGAUCACCUGCUUUUAUGGCGACGGCUUCUUCGGAGAGGGAAACCGCGGCUGCGAGUGCCGCACCUGCGAGAGGUAA